AUGGCCAAUUCGGAAAAAAUUAAAAAGCAGCAAUUGCUCAGACAAACCCCUUACAAUAGGGUAGUCGAAAUGAAUACCUUAGCAAAACAGGCCGAACAUAACCUAGAUGACCGUGAUAGCUUCGCAGUAGCAAUCGGUGAUCUUGAAAAACUGUGCGCGGAUUUUUAUCGUUAUCACAACGCUAUCAUCGGCUUGAUUAACGCAGAGGAAUUUAAUGGGGAAGAUGAUAUUCGAAAAGUCUUCGACUCCAUGGUUCUAGCGAUUAAGACCAUUCAUUUUAAAGUUCAAAAGGCAGCCGAGACCAGUGAGCCCCCUUCGGUUGCUUCCCCCCUUAAAUCUAAUAUCAAGUUACCCAAAGUGGAAUUACCUAGCUUUUCUGGGGAUAUUACGACAUUUGUGCCGUUCAUGGACAUGUUUAAUAAUCUCAUUCAUAAAUCGAGCGAUUUAACCGCCGUAGAAAAAUUUAAUUAUUUGCUUUCCGCGUUGAAAGGAGAAGCUAGAGCGCUAAUAGAAAAUCUACCAGUCACGGAUAAUAAUUAUUUAACAGCAUACUCCGAACUCCAUAAUCGUUACAAAAAUGAUAGACAAAUAUUGCAAGCCCAUUGGAUUGCGAUUGUUAACGCACCCAAGAUUCAUUCGGAGCAUCCGCAGGAGUUGCGAACACUUAUAGACACGUUCUCAACUCAUUUGAAAGCUAUUCGUAAUUUUACCCUUCCUAUAGAUCUAGCGGAUUUUUUAUUAUUCAAUGUAAUGCAUCAAAAGCUAGACUCGUCAUUGAUAACGCGAUUCGAACUUCACCACAAUUCGAAAGAAAUUCCCACUUAUCAUAAACUGUAUCAGUUUUUAGAACACCAAUGGAGCGCGUUAGGCAAUUCCAUCCCAGUUAAACCUCAACAGAAAAAGUUCGGUCCACAUAAGCCUUUUACGCCACAACCGCGAUUUACCACGUCUUUAGUGGCGAAGUCAGAGUCUGUAAAGUGUCCUGUUUGUACCUCGCCUCAUUUAAUCUACAAAUGUCUGGAGUUUCUCGGGAAAUCUCCCCGUGAACGCUACGCCAUUUCUAAGUCGAAACACUUGUGCCUCAAUUGUCUUAGUAAUUGUCAUGUGAGUAAGGCGUGUCAGUCUACUCACAGUUGUCGUCACUGCGGUAAGAGGCAUCAUAGUCUAUUACAUUUCGAAGCGUUUCCGAGCGGCGAUGGUCAGGUGCCGAAUUCUGCGGAAGCUACCUCCAUCAAACCAAUGAGUGGAGUUGGAUUUGCAUCGCCAGCAAUGGGAGUUUUAUUGGCUACCGCUUUAAUAGAAGUUCGCGAUAACGGCGGAAAUUCUAAGGUUCUUAGAGCGCUGCUGGACUGUGGCUCACAAAGUUCCUUCAUUUCGCAACAAGCCUUUCAUUUGCUAGGUCUGUCUAGACGACAUACUUCAGGUCUGGUGCAAGGUUUGGGUCAAGUAGUUACGGCAGCCAAUUUAGGUUCAGUGAUAAUAACGUUUCGACCGGUAGGCCAGUUAAGGCCCACUUUCAAGGUAAAUGCGCUAAUUUUACCCAAGAUCUGUGAUGACUUGCCCUGUGUGUCUCUUUCGGCCGAACAUUGGUCUCAUUUUCGUGCCAAGCUACCGCUCGCAGAUCCUUCCUGUGUCUCUCGUGCAGGUAUCGAUAUGCUUCUAGGAGCGGAUGUCUAUUCACAAUUGCUUAGUGGAGAGGUGGUUAAGGGUCAGAAGGGAGAACCAGAUGCGCUAGGGACAGCCUUGGGCUAUGUAUUAGUAGGGCAACAUACCGCUAGUACUGCUAAUACGAAUCUUCAUUCCUUUAUUACCACGGUUAACACAUGUUGCGAUUUAGAAAGAUCUAUUCAGAAAUUGUGGGAAGUGGAAGCAGUUCCUCGCUUACAGACUUUGUCUCCAGAUGAGGAACUCUGCGAGGACAUUUACAAUAAAACUUACACUCGCACCGACAAAGGUCGGUUCGUCGUAUCUCUACCGUUUCGCGAUACCCCGCCCACUUUCGAAGACAGCCGGUCAAUCGCAAUCAAUCGGUUCCUUCAUCUGGAGGCCAAACUGUUAAAGCAACCGCAGUUGUAUGCGCAGUAUUCUAAGUUCAUGCAAGAAUAUUUAGAGUUUAAUCAUAUGGAACCUGUUCUUCCUCCGGAUGACACCAUUGCCACUUAUUAUAUCCCACACCAUUGUGUACUUAAGCCAGCCAGUUUAAGCACAAAGCUGCGCGUUGUGUUCAACGCGUCCGCACGAUCCUCUAAUCAAACCUCCUUAAAUGAGCAUCUUCUUAUCGGUCCCAAACUUCAAAGGGAUAUUUGCACUAUCUUAUUGAAUUUUCGCCUCCAUACGUACGUCUUGACUGCCGACAUCAAAAUGAUGUAUCGCCAAAUCUUAAUCAAUCCGGUUCAGUGCAAUUUUCAGAGGAUUAUCUGGCGUUUUACUCCUGAACAACCCAUUCAGGAUUAUCGUUUAAAAACUCUAACGUAUGGAACCUCGCCCGCUCCCUAUCUGGCCAUUCGUACUCUGUUAAAAUUGAGCGAGCAGGAUGGUUCGUCGUUUCCAUUAGCCGCUGCCGCCCUCCAGACGGACACCUACAUGGACGAUAUUGUUACUGGUAACAAUUCUUAUCAACAGACUUUAAAGUUGAAAGAUGAACUUAUUGCACUCCUUAAGGGUGGAGGAUUUGAACUUCGCAAAUGGGCUACCAAUGAUAGUUCGCUUGUCUCUGACCUACCUCCGUCUCAUGUUUGUCUUGAUGCCAUUAAUAUACGGGAGGAAGAUCGUAAUGACACUCUUAGAAUCUUGGGAUUGCAGUGGAAUCCCGUAUCCGACGCUUUCAAAUUUACAGUUCAUAUUCUUCCCGGCAACUGCACUAAACGCCAUCUUUUAUCCAGUCUCGCACGCAUUUUUGAUCCUCUUGGCAUAUUGACUCCGCUUACUUUUUUCAUAAAACAUUUAAUUCAACGCAUCUGGACUCUCAAGUUAGCUUGGGACGACGCACCGCCGAAUGAUAUUUUGCGCGCUUGGAAUAUCUUCGCUAGGGAUCUUUCCGUUCUAAACGAUUUUUCGUUACCGCGCCGCCUCCUUUGCGAUAAUUUCCUCUCGUGUGAAAUUCAUGGUUUCGCUGACAGCUCCGAGAAGGGCUAUGCCGCCGUAGUUUAUUUGGUUUUUAGGUUCGCCUCGCUUGAACCACGCACGCAGUUUGUUUGUGCUAAAUCUAAAGUAGCACCGCUCAAGAAGAUUACGAUUCCAAGGCUGGAACUUUCUGCCGCAGUAUUGCUAACACGGCUCCUCAAUCUGGUUUGCCGAGUUUACAAAGACAAAAUUCCUUUUAAUCGCCUAUGUGCUUGGACAGACUCCCAGAUAGUUCUAGCUUGGAUCAAAUCUUCGCCGCAUCGUUGGAAGACAUUUGUCUCCAAUCGCGUAUCAUUUAUUCAAGAGCAUCUGCCCUCCUCGUCGUGGUACUAUGUUCCUUCCGGUCAGAAUCCAGCUGAUCUUGGGUCUAGAGGGGCAUACCCUCAGGAGUUACUGGUUAGUUCCCUAUGGUGGGCGGGACCCCCUUUUUUGAAGUCCGGCACGCCUCUCAAUAAUAAUCUGACGCCUUCUGUCCCUGUCUCCAUUCAGGACGAAGAACGCACGCAAUCGUGUAAUGCGAUAGUGACCACCUCUUUAUUGGACGACUUAGUCAAUACGCACUCAUCUCUGCCGAAGAUUAUUCGCAUUCUUUGUUAUCGCCCCCCCGUAUAUUCGGAAUGGUCCGAAGCCUUGAUGACGGUGGUCCGACACAUACAAGCUUUCCAUUUCUCUAGGGAAAUUGACUUCCUUAAUCGUGGAAAACCGCUACCGAAGGGUUUUCAAAAUCUCUCCCCUUUCUUAGACGAUCAAAAGAUUCUUCGAGUCGGCGGUAGAUUACGACAGGCUCCGUUACCCUACUCGAAACGCUUUCCCGCUUUGUUACCGUCUGGGCAUCGUUUCACCUCUAUGCUCAUAGAAUACACCCAUCGCAAAUAUUUUCACGCUGGACAUCAGACGGUUCAUUACCUUAUCGGUAACCAAUUUUGGAUUAUGUCCGCCAAACGCGCGAUAAGACGGGUGCUGUCUAAGUGUCUAAGAUGUUUCCGUACCCAACCGGUAUCCACUCAACCACGCAUGGGGGAUUUGCCUCCUUCUCGGUUUUCUAAAAUUAAACCAUUUUUACGAGUUGGGGUGGACUACGCCGGCCCCUUUUCUAUUACCAUGGCCAAAACGCGCGGUGCUAAAACGCUGAAAGCGUAUUUAUGUCUAUUCAUAUGCUUUGCGACGAAAGCUCUACACUUAGAGCUCGCCUCAGAUUUAACCGCCGACGCCUUCCUAGCGGCGUUACGACGCUUUCUUGCGCGGCGAGGGAGAUGCCAGCAUGUCUAUUCCGAUUGUGGUACUAAUUUUGUUAGUGCCCACAAACAAUUAGAUCAAUAUAUGCGCGAAGCUGUACAAUCGGAACAGAUUCAUUGGCAUUUCAAUCCGCCAUCAGCUCCACACUUUGGUGGUUUGUGGGAGGCCGGCGUCAAAUCGGUAAAGACCCACCUAGUCCGUGUCAUAGGCCACCAAAUCUUAACCUACGAAGAGCUCUUAACUUUAGUCUCUCAAGUCGAAGCAAUGCUGAAUUCCCGUCCGCUUCAUCCUGUAAGCAGCGACCCAAACGACUUGACCGCACUGACUCCCGGCCAUUUUCUUCCGUUUGCCCCUUUAAUUGCACUCCCAGAACCGGACCUUGAAGACGUGCCGGUGAACCGCCUAACUCGCUGGCAGCUAGUUCAAAGCUUUGUCAAAUGUAUUUGGUCGCGAUGGAGUCCCGAAUAUACAUUGCAUCAGCGGUCGAAAUGGUCUUCCGAGAAACCUAAUUCUAUCGAGGUCGGAUCCCUCGUCCUUAUCAAAAACGAGGUGAUACCCCCUCUGCAGUGGCGUCUCGCCCGAGUCCUACUUCUCCAUCCGGGACAAGAUGGCAUAGUUCGGGUUGUCACCUUGAAAACCGCCGGUGGAGUCCUAAAGCGCCCAGUGGCCAAACUUUGUCCACUCCCUGCAACUUUACAUACUGCGCCCGCAACCCUCGCUACACUGGUGGCCGAUCUAUUGCGGCCCUUUUUUCCUUUUGGUGUCCGCUUGAGUAGCAACGAGUCGAGUGGACUGAACGCGCAUUGUGAAGUCGUAGUCGUACCGGCAGCGACAUAA